CUAAGGUUAGGUAUAUAUACCUGGGAUGUCCGACCGCUUGAUCAUGAUCCAUCGUCCUACUUACCCACUACCUUAGUUAUUCCACGCAACAUCCACACCAAAAACAUAUACCAAACCUUCAACUCCUAAGAUGUGCAUCGUCCUUCUUACGACGGCGCAUCCCCAAUAUGCACUGGUUGUGCUUGACAACCGGGACGAGUACAUCCUCCGGCCAACAAGUCGGCCGCACUGGUGGACCGCCAAGCCCGAACACCACACAGCAAACGGUUCAGCACAGGGCUCAAACGCGGUGACAUCCGCAAAAAGCGACGAGGUCGAAGUUCUCUCCAGUCGAGACUUGCAGCGUGCGGAGCGAGGGACAUGGCUAGGUAUCACCAAAGGCGGCAACUUUGCCGUCCUAACCAACUACCGCGAGACGGAUACCCGUGACGCGGCACAUCCCGUCGCCGGCCAGCGUAGUCGCGGCGGCAUGGUUACGGCCUGGCUGGCUGCGGAUCCAGCAGAGUCGACGGACCAGUUUGUCCACCGCAUGCUGGACGAUGGCGGGGUGAAGGGUGUCGGGGGAUUCUCCCUGAUCUGUGGCAAGCUGCGCAAGGCCCGGCGGGGGGGAAACAUCGAGCCCCUGGCAAUCAUCUCCAACCGGUGUGACCACGCCGGACAAGUGCCCUGGAUCUGCGGCGAGCGUGAUUCCCUCUACGGCCUCAGCAACGCUACCUACCUCGAGCCAAGCGAAGCGAACAGGGAACUAUUAUGGCCCAAAAUCCGCGACGGCCUCGACCUUCUGAACGACGCCGUGGCUUCGGUAGGCGGGGAGUCCACCGAGGAUGAAUUCGUUGCCUCGCUUUUCAAGAUCUUGGACACGGAAAAUUUCCCAUCUGACCAUACUAUGGAGUUGGAAGAUGGCAUCCCCCUCCUGAAAGACUCAAUCUUCAUUCCAGCCUUCGGCGGAAUAGAGCACCAACAGGAGAUGAGCGACGCACAACAACGCGGCAACGUGAAGCAGAAAAGCCCAAACUCGGAUGCCACCGAGACGCUGACGAUUACCGCACGCCCCGACGAGACGCCCAACGGGUUUCAGACUGGCCUCUACGGCACCCAGCGGCAGACAGUUAUCCUUGUGGACUGGGACGGGAACGUCAGGUAUACGGAGCGCGCUCUCUGGGAUUGCAACGGUAAUGCCAUUCCAAGAGGGGAAGGAGACCAGACUUUCGGAUUCAAGAUCGAGGGGUGGGAGCAGGAUGCCGAGUUAUGCAACUAAGAUAUUGCGUUGCCGGUGCAACAUCCUAUGACGUUCAACAGGAUUGUGGUAGAAACGAAAUACUACCACUGUUUUACAGGCACGGCGGAUCCAUUGCGCUGCCCCGGAUUUUGAACAGCGAAGAACGGACCCACUCAGCCGCCCAGCGAGGCGGAGCCGUGAGCCGGAAUGUGGGUCUCCGUCUCCGUGUUGAUCCCACUUGCGGACGGGAUGUUACGAGUCACUGGCAAUCCUCACUUGAUGGUUGAUGACUCCUAUUUUAUGGUAGGUGCGGCAGUCUGCCCUCAGGCGAUCCGAGCUUUCCGAGAUUGAAUAAAACAACCU